AUGGCGGUUGACUAUGGGAGCAGGGAGGAGAGGUGGAGCCUGGCCGGCACCACCGCGCUCGUCACCGGCGGUAGCAAAGGGAUUGGGCAUGCCAUCGUGGAGGAGCUUGCCGGGUUUGGGGCGAGGGUGCACACCUGCUCCCGGAAUGGGGCGGAGCUAGAGGAGUGCCGUCGACGGUGGGAGGAGAAGAACCUGCAGGUCACCGCCUCCGUCUGUGAUGUUUCCAUACGUGCCGACAGGGAGAAGCUUAUGGAAACAGUCCGAGAAACUUUCAAUGGCAAGCUUGACAUACUAGGGAGCAAGCCAGUGGAGCAGGGAGGCGAACUGAGUGAGCGAGAGCGAGAAAAAAGAGUUGAUCCUAUGAAUGAAGAACGACGCAGCGAAGUGAACAAUGCAGGGCAAUUGCUCUUCAAGCCCACUACUGAAUGUACAGUGGAGGAAUACUCAAAUCUGCUAACCACCAACUUGGAGUCGAGCUUCCAUCUCAGCCAGCUCGCACACCCUCUUCUCAUACACGCUUCUAUUGCCGGAGGAGGCAGCAUCAUCAACAUGUCCUCCAUUGGAGGCUCAAUCGGCUAUGCAGGCUCCGCAAUUUAUGCUACCACAAAAGCCGAAGCAGAGCUGCGAGUUGGGGCUCGUGCUCCGGCGGAUCUGGGCAGUGCCCAGGGUGAGUCGGAGUUCGCGCUUCGGGAAGGGGAGCUGUCGAGCGAAAGCUUCACGCUCGUCGCCGAUGAUGAUGAUGCUCGCGGGCGUCGUUAUGUUCUUGAAGACAUCGUCAUGGCGCUCCUCUCUGUGUCUGGGUUCUGGCUGAAAACAUCUGUCUGUUGUAGACUCGACAAUGACGACGCCUAG